CGUUCUUAGCCCUGGUAUGAAAAUCGAUGCUAACUCCAGCCCCGAUGUCACAUGUGCGGCACGCCAUAGCCCCGUAAUAACGUCAAUGGCGGAGAGUUUCUAAUCAAAGAGAAGCAAGUGUGGAGAAACGGGAAGUGAGUUAAAGAUGUCAGCAGUGUUGGUUGUACAUGGUGGUGCUUGGGCCAUACCAGACGAGCUGGCCACGGCCUCUAUUGACGGAGUAAAAGCUGCGGCACGCAAAGGGUUUUUAACGCUGACAAGAGGAGGAAGUGCAUUGGAUGCUGUGGAGGCGGCUGUGAGGGCUUUAGAGGAUAACAGCGUGUUUAACGCAGGGCACGGAGCAGCACUAAAUGCUGAUGGAGAAGUGGAGCUGGACUCGAUUAUCAUGGACGGAAAGACACUUGCCUGUGGAGCAGUGUCUUCAGUGAAGAACAUUGCCAACCCUGUAUCACUGGCACGGGCAGUGAUGGAAAAGACGUCCCACGUCUUGUUGACGGGCAAAGGUGCAAACCUGUUUGCAGAGAGCAUCGGUGCUGCCACAGUCCCCACUGAGACCCUGGUGACUGAAUACGAGAGGAGAGAAUGGAAGAAGCACAAGAAUUAUUCAACUGGAGUAAAAGAAGAUUUCAACUCUCAGUGGGCCCAUGAUACUGUUGGGGCAGUAGCUGUGGACUCUGCUGGUAAUGUGGCGUGUGCAACGUCAACGGGAGGGAUCAGGAAUAAAAUGGUGGGCAGAGUAGGAGACUCCCCAAUCAUCGGCUGUGGAGGAUUCGCAGAUAACACAAGUGGUGCAGUGUCUUGUACCGGUCACGGAGAAUCUAUUCUGAAAGUCACACUGGCCAGACUCAUUCUCUCGCAUAUUGAACAAGGCAAAUCGGUAGCAAAUGCUUCACAGGUGUCUCUGCAGCACAUGGGGGAUCGUGUUCAAGGAGCAGGAGGAGCGAUUGUGGUUUCUCCGUCCGGGGAGUGGGCCGCCACAUUCACCACCGAGCGAAUGGCUUGGGCGGCUGUGGAAGGCGAUGUGCUGUGGUACGGACUGGACCCAAAUGAAAGAGCGAAAGAGGAGUUGUCCCAAUAAUAGUGUUCUAUUUACUGCACUUAGCAGAGUAAUAUAAAACUGCAUUUCAGAUGUUUUCUUCUAAUUAAUUUUGAGUCUGUACAGUAUUUGUUGCUGUUAACUGCAGCUGAAUCCACUCCGAAGUGCCUGCUUCUUUUUAAUCUGAUGACAAAGCUAUGCAUUGCACAUGUGUACGUUACAACAGUUAUAGUACUUAGAAAACUGGAGCACUAUUGACUAGUAUUUUGUAGCCUAUAAUUGUUAUAUGUGAAAAUAUAGAGCGUCAAAUCAAUCAUCUAAACUUUUUCCUGUGUUCUACCAACGUGGAGGCAUUCUUUUAAAAUUGUGGAAUUUAAAAUGUAAAAUUAAAUGUAGAUUUCUUUUUUAUAUAUAUGGACCAUACAAUCACAACAAAUGUGAAAAUAAUAAAAUAUGUACUGUACAUGUC